AUGCCAAUGGAUGAAGUGAAUAUGGCCAAGCUUUUACCCUUCAACUCAAACAACAACAAACUCUACCAACUGGUUGACCAUACAGAUACCAAGCAGAAGGUCCUAAACAUCAAGAACCUGUAUCUCUCCAAAAAUGAAGGGCGGUUGGAUAAGGUGAAAGGGCUGGAGCCAGAAGAGAUGUGUUCAGACAACUUCCAAGAUAACUCAAUUAACGUAAGCACCCUCUUGGAAUUAUUCCCCAAGUUAUUACGUCUGGAUGAUCAGGAGUUACCCUCAUCUGCUAUCUGUGACACUGAAAGGAACAAGAAUUUACCAUUCUUCAAGGGGGACAUUUUUGGGUCAGAGAGCCUGAAGAAUCUUAUUUUGAAAUUCCCGAAGCAAGUUUCCUUGGUCACGUACUUUAGGUACAGCAGGAAUAUGAAGAAAUGCAAGGACCCCGACCUGAAUUAA